AUGCCUCAAUUGCUACAUAUUUCCCUCGAUGUUUUUCCGUAUGCUAACCUUGAUCAAGAUUUCUCGGAAACCAAGCGAUUCCUGUACGGGAUCGGGAUACAUGUGAAAUUUGCCCGCCGGCUUCAAGUAUUCAAAAUUCUUUCUCUUUUAUAUAUGAUAAAUGGAGGUGUAUUGGUUGAUAUUAUGGUUGUGGAUGACACCAGGGCCUGGCUGUGCUGGGAAAUUUCCUGCAAGACCGGAGGAUCUUUCCUCCAGAUUACUAUCUCGCUAGAUAGUCUUACUUGCACAACCCACGCCGAUAGUUAA